AUGGACCCGAAAAUAUGGAUAUCCAGACUUGGACCUGUGCCACUGGCCAUGCAACUUAUUUUGAAUAUCCGUGACGGUGCGGAGAGUCCAGGACCCAUCCAGGUUGUGCACCCACAAAACCUGUCCAGGGGGCGGGUUACACGGGACCAGUUGGCGGGGGACAUUGGCACCAUUGACCUGUGCAGCGGCCACGUUCUGAGCAUGGAGCUGCUGGGGGUUAGGGGCAAACAACUGCUGGAGCUGCGGUUGCUGAACAGCAACGGGGGGGGCAGGGGCGGCAGGGGCUGCCCAUCCAAACCAGUUUGGAACUUGUGGCUGGGCUUCGGCAAUUGGCUGGGCACCGAUUCGUCCAUGCUGGUUGGGGUGGAGAUGCGAAUAAACAAACAAAUCAACAGUAAUAAGAAUAGUAGUGAUUGGAGUAGGAAGUAUAGUAGUCAUAGUCAGAAACAGCAGGAGGAGAAUGAAAAAGGGAGAACAACAGCGACCAUGACAGCCUGGUUCGGUGCGUUAUUCACGGGCGCGGGGGCUGGAGCUGGAGCUGGAGCUGGGGCUGGGGCUGGGGCUGGAGCUGGAGCUGGAGCUGGAGCGGCAGGCGGCACUGGGGCCGGGUUAUGGUUUUCAAUGACAUGGCCGGGAAAGGGAUGGGCAGCCUGCAGCGCAGCAUGUUGUGGAUGGGCGGGAUUCUGCAUGGGAAUAAACUGGAAAACAGCGGGUUGGUGA